AUGGGCCUUGUUCGAUGGGGGCUUCUGCUCGGCUGCCUGGCCUGUGGAAUUCUGCUCGGAGCACGGGCUCAGUUUCCCCGGGUCUGCAUGACCUUGGAGGGCGUGCUGAACAAAGAAUGCUGCCCGCCUCUGGGCCCCGAGGCAGCCAACAUCUGUGGAUUUCUAGAGGGCCGGGGGCAGUGCGCAGAGGUACAGACAGACACCAGGCCCUGGAGUGGCCCUUACGUCCUUCGAAACCAGGACGACCGUGAGCAAUGGCCAAGAAAAUUCUUCAACCGGACAUGCAAAUGCACAGGAAACUUUGCUGGUUAUAACUGUGGAGGCUGCAAGUUUGGCUGGACCGGCCCGGACUGUAAUCGGAAGAAGCCGCCCAUCCUAAGGCGGAAUAUCCACUCCCUGACUGCCCAGGAGAGGGAGCAGUUCUUGAGCGCCUUAGACCUGGCGAAGAAGAGUAUUCACCCAGACUACGUGAUCACCACGCAGCACUGGCUGGGGCUGCUCGGACCCAACGGAACCCAGCCCCAGAUUGCCAACUGCAGCGUGUAUGACUUCUUUGUGUGGCUUCAUUAUUAUUCUGUUCGAGACACAUUAUUAGGUCCAGGACGUCCCUAUAAAGCCAUUGAUUUCUCCCACCAAGGACCUGCCUUUGUCACGUGGCACAGGUAUCAUUUGUUGUGGCUGGAAAGAGAGCUCCAGAGACUCACUGGCAAUGAGUCCUUUGCUUUGCCCUAUUGGAACUUUGCAACUGGGAAGGAUGAGUGUGAUGUGUGCACAGAUGAACUCUUUGGAGCAGCAAGACAAGAUGACCCAACCUUGAUUAGUCAGAACUCAAGAUUCUCUACCUGGGAGAUUGUGUGUGACAGCUUGGAUGACUACAACCGCCGGGUUACGCUGUGUAAUGGAACCUAUGAAGGCUUGCUGAGGAGGAACCAAGCAGGCAGAAAUAAUGAGAAACUGCCAACCUUACAAAACGUGCAAGAUUGCCUGUCUCUCCAGAACUUUGACAGUCCCCCCUUCUUCCAGAACUCGACCUUCAGCUUCCGGAAUGCGUUGGAAGGCUUUGACAAAGCAGAUGGAACCCUGGACUCUCAAGUCAUGAACCUUCAUAACUUGGCUCACUCCUUCCUGAACGGAACAAAUGCCUUGCCACAUUCAGCUGCCAACGACCCUGUUUUUGUGGUCCUCCACUCUUUUACAGACGCCAUCUUUGAUGAGUGGCUGAAGAAAAACAACCCUCCCACAGAUGCCUGGCCUCAGGAGCUGGCACCCAUUGGUCACAAUCGGAUGUAUAACAUGGUCCCCUUCUUCCCACCAGUGACUAAUGAGGAACUCUUCUUAACCGCAGACCAACUUGGCUACAAUUAUGCCAUUGAUCUGCCCACAUCCUUGGAAGAAGCUCCUGUUUGGACCACAACUCUCUCAGUGGUCGUUGGAAUACUGGGAGCUCUCGUCGGACUCUUGGGGUUGCUGGCUUUCCUUCAGUACAGAAGGCUUCGCAAAGGAUAUGCCCCUUUAAUGGAGACAGGUCUAAGCAGCAAGAGAUACACAGAGGAGGCCUAG